CUCAACUUUAACAGGGAUACAUAAAUUUCGCGCUCAUCGCUGAAAAAUUCAAUGUCCCGCCCCACAAAUCUAUCUCAUCCAUCACUUUGCCAUUGUCUUUCCUUCGCAUCUUCCUAAUAAUAUAUUAUCACAUAUGUCUUCGCUUGAAGAAUUAGUGGCACAUUACCUCAAGGAGAAGAACCUCCUUCAUACCUUGGCGGCUUACCAGGCUGAAACUGACAUCGACUUCGAUUUUGAAGAGAUCUCCGCAAACCCCGCCUUUGAGCGGCUAGAGUCCAUUAUCCACGACCGCAAGAUGUUCACCACGUUAUCUGAUGAUGUUGUUGGAUUACUGGUAUCGGCUAAACUCCAUCCAUUAGCCUACAAGCUCUUCGGAACCAAUGCUAUGGCUACAAGUGUGUCCCAGCACCAACCCGUCAUCAAGUACAAUUCAAACACCGAACCGUUGCACCGAAUGGAAUUUGGGGCGCUCAUUAUCAGUGCCAGUGUCACCCAAAUGGUGCUCGAUGCGCAAUCACUCCCGGUCAUGAUCUUAACCCUCGCCAACAAGCAGACAGUGUUGGUCAAUAUGAACACAAACAAAGAAUUGCUCGUCAUGGCUAGUACAUGUGUUACAAAGGUGGCCAAGGGGAUCACAGGGACAAACAGCUUUGUAUGCUGUGGCAUGGAUGGUAUAUUGAGGUUGUAUGAAGUUGAAAAAGAGCAGGGUUACCUGGCGAUAUUGAAGCUUGAGCAACAAUUGCAUCAACGGUUGGUGAUUGAUUUCAAAGUAAUCCCGCUUCGGGGCUCUAUCUACUCGUUAGCCUCAAUUGGCUGGGAUAGAUUUGUCAACCAGUGGACCUUGAAUCUCACAGAGCUGAACAUUGUGAUGGUCGCCUCAAACAAACUCUUGUCUAUUCCAACGUGCUUAGAGUUUGUGGAGCACAAGGGCCACCAGGUGGUGUGCGUGUGCCGCAUGGAUUCUACUUUUGUUGAAAUCUACUCCGGCACCGCUGACACAACCCUCCCUUUGGUCUAUAAAAUUAGCUUAAACGACGCUGAGUUCAGUGUCAAUGACUUUAGCCCAAUGUCUAUUACCGCGACCAGCGCUGGUUCUGACGUUUUGCUUGCGGUUGGCACAAACCACAUCCCGUACAUGCGAAUGAUCGUGGUAUCGCUCCAAAACUUUGACGCCUUCAUCUCCCAGCCUGUGAGUAAAGAAGCCCAGAGUUUAGUCUCCAACGCGGGGAAUAUUUCUCGCCAAGAAAUCAUCCACAAUUACAACACGAUGUGCUCUCAGGACAAGUAUUCCUCGCCCUCAAUCAAGUUCUCUCCGUCCGUCCGUCUCACUGACAAGCACUACCACCAUGUGUAUAUCGGAAACUGCGACGACGGGUUGCUCCGCUUGAUUAAUCUCUUGACCGGAAAGGUGAAGGAGAUUGGGAGAAAUCUUACAGAUGCUGUCAAGCACAAGGGGAAAUUGAAGUGUUUCGAUGUGUAUGAACAUGCUGGUGAGGACCGUAUCGUCAGUUGUGGGACAGAUCUCAAGGUAUUGACUUGGUAGCUACGAACGACAUAUACUGUGGGUGAAAUAGGACUCAUCGUCUUGCUUGUUCGUAUGUGCUGGCGAUAGAUCUAGCUAUGGAGAAAAAUAUAAAGAGCUGUGUAUAUAGGUAAUGAGGUGUAUAGAUGACUAGCGCGAAGUAUGAUUAAUGCCCGUGCGUACGUUGUGGUAUUCGGUAAAUGUAGCUAGACGGCAUACGUCAUAAUAAAUACACUAUACA